GGAAGCCAACUUCAACAGAUGACGCACUGCUGCUGCCUACUAAGUAAGAUAACCUCACGGGAGCAAUCGCGGGGUAGUCAACUUGCAAGGUGCAUCUAAACUCGCCACUCCCAAAACGUGCGGCAUCAUGUCAACAACACCAGGAGUUUCCUUCAGAAAGGAUGGUACAAAGACAUACAUUCCACUCGAAAAUAAUCCAGAAGUUUUCACUAAACUCAUUCACAACCUGGGCGUUUCCGAGAAGCUCGGUUUUUACGAUGUCUACAGCAUUGACGAGCCUGAGCUGCCUGCCAUGAUCCCUCGUCCAGUUCAUGCUCUGGUCUUCAUCACUCCUGCACCUAUGUGGGCGCGCGUUCGUGAGAAUGACCCAGGUUCAAAGGAGCUGAGUUACGAUGGCUCUGGUCCAGACGAGCCAGUUGUGUGGUACAAACAAACUAUAGGUCACGCUUGUGGUCUCAUUGCUCUCCUUCACAGCGUGAGCAACGGCACAGCGAAAAGCUUCAUUAAACCAGACUCAAUCCUCGAUAAGAUUCUGAAGAAAACACAAGAUCUCAAGCCUCUCGAACGCGCCAAUCAUCUCUACAACUCGAUAGAUUUGGAGAAGGCUCACAUGGCUGCUGCAGUGAUGGGUGACACGAUAGCCCCUGCAAGCGAAGAGCCUAGCGGAUAUCAUUUCAUCAGCUUCGUUAAGGGCCAAGAUGGUCAUCUAUACGAUCUUGAAGGAGGUUGGGGAGGCCCGGUUGAUCGCGGCACAUUGGACGAAGCUGAUGAUCUUCUCAGCAAUAAGGCAUUGGAAGUUACUGUCAAAAGAUUUACCAAAGCUGCUGAGGGGAACCUCGAGUUCAGUAUCAUCGCACUGGCAACUGUUCCAGAAGGCGCCUGAAUAUAGAUCCUUAAAAACCGACUGGGUGAGAAAGUGAUGACAAACUUGACAAUGGGUUUUCUCCUGUACGUUGGGUUUUACACGUGCCUGUCCUGCAGCAUCAACUGAUCUGAUUAGGUUUACUCUGUGACACUCAGAUACUUUCAAAUUCGCCUAGGUGCAUAUUGGAAGUCUUUCAGAGUUGUGUAUCAAGUCCUUAGUGCUUAAUAUUUCAGGACAGCCGUUGUGCAAUAGAGGGAGUUGCUGCUUUCACGACAUGAAUUUGUUACCCCAGUCCUGUGCAUAGAUUCAUCUACAUGUUGUGGCAGUUUCUCACCUGUUCUUGGGUUUCAAUGAGAUGCUGGCGUACCCGUCAUAUGGAUUUUUCACGUCAGACAGGAACUCGUGAAGUGGACUAACCACAGGAGGCGUUUUGACGGUACAUAAUUAGACGUUGUGUAUGCAGCAGCCCGUUUUUCACUGUCCUUGAAUGUUUGCGUCCAACACUUGACUCGAAGCUCCUCGG